AUGCAUGCUGCUCAUACUAUUUCUAAUCGUACAGAUAAUACUUUCAUGAAUGAUAUAACGUACAUAAAAAAAUUAAGAAAAGUCAGCGUACUCCUUUCAAUCGCUAGAGGGCGGCGUAAUUCAUCCCGACUGCUCUUCACAUCAGUUUACCAGCGCGGAGUCACGAAGAAAUGAAACAUGGCGGACUCGGAUGGGAGACAGGUUGACGGCGUCAACCAUGCUACAGAUAAAGAUGUAAAGUUGCAAGAAAUUGCACUGGCAAAGGGUGAAGGUAAGGAAUUGACCAAAGAAGAAAAGCAGCGUCUUAGGAAAGAGAAGAAGCAGCAUAAAAAGAAUAAAAAAGAUGACAAGGGUCCUCCAGAGAAGGAAAAGGAGAAAGAGAAAGCAUCAGUACCAGCUCCGUCAAAACCUGCCACACAGAGCCCAGCACAUAAAGCAGCUCCUGCACGACAUGCAUCUGAAUCUGCUGCGGCUGCAGAGAAGCCUGCCAAGAGCAAAGCAGAACUGCGAGCAGAGCGUCGGGCAAGGCAAGACUCAGAACGAACAUCAAAACAGGGCAAGAAAGAAGGGGGACAGCAAUCUGCCUCCAGCAAGCCUAAAGCUACCCCUAAUGAGCUUCAGCCAGUAGUGAAAAGGUUACCAGAGCACGUUCAGGUGGACGACCCUGCUGCAUUGAAAAAGUUGGCCAAAAAGCUUGAAAGGCAGCAGGUUCCUUUGAGGUCAGAUUAUGGAUACAAGGUCAGCCUGUUCUCACAUCUACACCAAUACAGCCGGAAAAGCCCUCCCACCCUGCAAAUCAGCAUCCCUGCCACAGUUAUUCACCCAUCCAUUGUUCGGUUGGGCCUGCAGUACUCUCAGGGCAUUAUAGCAGGAUCAAAUGCUCGAUCUGUGGCCCUACUACAUACCUUCAAACAGGUUAUUCAAGACUAUAGCACACCUCCAAAUGAGGAGUUGUCAAGGGACCUUGUGAACAAGCUGUCGCCCUAUAUCAGUUUUCUCAGCCAGUGUCGACCCCUUUCGGCCAGCAUGGGCAAUGCCAUCAAAUACAUCAAGAAGGAAAUCUCAAAUAUACCAAGUCAAUGCAAAGAAGAAGAGGCCAAAGGGAAACUACAGGCAUGUAUUGAUAGUUACAUAAACGAGAAGAUCAUUCUGGCUUCUGAAGCUAUUUCCAAGUAUGCUAUUGAGAAGAUAAGUGAUGGAGAUGUCAUUCUUGUUUAUGGCUGCUCUUCACUUGUCAACCACAUUCUGUGCAAAGCUUUUGAAAAGCAGAGGAAGUUCAGAGUCAUAGUUGUGGACAGUCGGCCCAGACUGGAGGGCAGAGAGGCGCUGAGGCGUCUGGUGAAGAAAGGCAUCCGAUGUACUUACGUGCUCAUAUCUGCCUUGUCCUACAUUCUGCCUGAAGUAUCCAAGGUAUUUCUUGGUGCCCAUGCACUCCUUGCUAAUGGAUAUGUGAUGUCACGUGUGGGAACUUCCCAAAUUGCCCUGGUAGCAAAAGCCUACAAUGUACCAGUGCUGGUCUGCUGUGAGACCUACAAGUUCUGUGAACGAGUGCAGACUGACUCUUUUGUAUCCAACGAAUUAGAUGACCCAGAUGACCUGAUUGUGACCAGAAAUGGGAAGUCACACCUAGAGAACUGGCAGACUGUUAAAUCCCUGGGGCUUCUGAACCUGGUGUAUGACGUGACGCCACCAGACUUUGUGGACCUUGUGAUCACUGACUUGGGCAUGAUCCCCUGCACCUCUGUGCCUGUGGUACUGCGAGUCAAGAACGUAGAUCAGUGAAGAGCAGACGAACAUGGUUCUGCUUCCCUCUUGCAUCUGCACAUGAGAAUCUGUGCACAUGGGGCUUCUGGCACCCAGUAAACAUAUCUAUGAAAUGGAACGAGCUUUUCAAUUAAAGCCACAGUUUAUGUC